AUGGGCUUUCUUACCGGUUUUGUUCACCAUUCCACACGCCUAGAUCAGAAAGCCGUUAUUCGCGAUCAAACGAGGAUGAUUGAAUGGCUCGCUUCAUCUAGAGGCGCGUAUGACCGGCGAUUACUCCCAAAAGAUGAUGAGUCUAGUAUGCCCCUUGGAGGGACAUUAGCUCCAGCCAGAUCUGGAAUGAGAGACCAGCUCAAGCACCGGUGGAAUGAGGAGGUGCGGGUGUUGGCGAGAAAGGCAUACAAUGUUCAAUGGGAGGAUGUACGGGAUACAGCUGCGGAUGCUUGGAUGGGUAUGAAAAGAUAUGUUAAGGGACAGUGA